GCUCCCUCACUAACCCCGACGUGGACCGUACCUCGUAAACAAAUGUGAAGUCUUAAGACGAGUCUCGUAUGGCGAUCAAAAUCCCAGCGGUGAGAACGCGUUGAAAAUAUUGUUAAUAUUUUACUUGUAUGAGCCUACAAUUCGGCUUUCGCUAAGUCCAUAAAUAGUUCGAUUUAAGUACAGUUUGAUCGGAUUUAUGCUUGCCUUUUCCGUGUGCCCAUCCGGGGGCUUUGUACUGCAACAACUACAGGCUAUCAAGAUGACUGCAUGGGUUAUUCAGAUGAUGGUGAUGGUGCUCUCUGUCUUUACUGGCAGCAGCCAGGGGAAGAGGGACAAGGUGCUCUACUGUUCUGCAUGCAAGGCAAUCGUGGAUGAACUGAACCACUCAAUCAGUCAGGUGGACCCAAAGAAAACCAUCAAUGUCGGCAGCUUUAGACUCAACCCUGAUGGAACCAUGAAAGACAAAAAGGUACUUCACGCCAGUGUUUACACACACACACCACUCACUUGCCAAAGCCCCAACAGAUGCUUCCUCAUCGGUGACCCCCCUAUGAGUAAAAAGUGGGAAGGAGGAUCAAAGUUUUACCAGGAAGAAACCUCCAGGAGAACCAGGCUCAGGGAGGGGCAGCCAUCUGUCGUGACUGAUUGGGGUUGAUGGGGGACGACAGGA